AUGACUUCCUUGACCUUGAAUUCCGCCAUUUCCCUUGUGUUCUUUUCCAUACUAAGCUUCCUCAACCCCAUGACAGCCGCACCCGGUGCAAACUACUUCGCCAAUAGCCUCUACAAAUCAAGUCUGAACUCUCUCCUCUCUUCACUCUCUUCCAACGCCACACACAACCUCGACUUCUACAACACCACAACUGGCCAAAACACCUCCAACCGUCUCUACGGCCUCUUCCUCUGCCGCGGAGAUGUCACGCCAGAAAUCUGCCGAGGAUGUGUGGCUGCAGCAACCAAAGAUGUUGCCCACAAAUGCUCCAGAGAAAAGGUCGCUGUGAUUUGGUACGACGAGUGCAUGAUUCGUUACUCUAACGAGUCUAUUUUCUCUACUGUGGACGUAAAGCCUAGAGUGGCCUUGUUGAACACUCAGAAUAUUUCUAAUCAGGACCAGCUUAAUAGGCUAGUGAACACCACGAUGACCGAGUUGGCGGCUCAGGCCUUGGAUUUUCCAAUUGGUGUUGAGAAGUUUGGGACCAAGGAAGUGACUAUGUCUGCGUUUCAAACGCUGUACAACCUCGUACAGUGUACAGCGGACUUGUCCAGCACCGAUUGCAAUAGGUGUCUUCAAGCAGCAAUAAAUCGUCUUCCAAUAUGUUGUGGUGGAAAGCAAGGAGGAAGAGUAACGUUUCCUAGUUGUAAUGUUAGGUACGAACUGUACCUUUUUUACCAGACGGUAAAUGCGACACCUCCCCCGGCCACUUACACCACCUCUUCCACCUCCAAUCCCGGGUUCCUUAUACUGGACUUUGACUGCUUUUCCUUUUCUCGUAAAUUAAUGAGUUAUAGAGCUUUUAUUUUUAAUUAA